UCACUCUGCUUUUUCUUUAGUUUACUCUCUGCCAAUUUGCCUAAGAAAAAUGGAGAAGAUAAUGGUUUUGAGAUCCGUUUAUAGAGCAGCCUGUUUCAGAUCCUCCCGUUUCGCUGCCUCCGCCGCCGCCAAUCACAUCCGCCACUUGGUUUUCCGGAAUCUCUACUCCAUCUCAUCGCCUUCCGCCCCUAAUCCGCCAACAAACAUUCCUUCUGGUGCCAGGUCAUCCUUCGGGUUGAGAUUGGGAAGCUUGCGCUAUUUUAGUGAUGAUGUAUCUCAUAUGUCUGUCAUAAAGGACAAUGAGAUUCUGAAUGUUUUUAAGGACUUAAUGGCUGCAAGUUGGGAUGAGCUUCCCUAUUCAGUGGUACAGGAUGCAAAGAAAGCCCUGUCCAAAAAUACGGAUGACAAAGCCGGCCAGGAAGCUUUGAAAAAUGUCUUCCGUGCUGCUGAAGCCUUUGAGGAAUUUGGUGGUAUUCUAAUCAGCAUGAAAAUGGAACUCGAUGACAGCAUUGGAAUGAGUGGAGAGAAUGUAAAACCUUUGUCAAGUGAUUUCUCAGCUGCACUUAAGACGGUUUUUCAAAAAUAUGCAACUUACUUGGAUGCAUUUGGUCCGGAUGAAACCUACUUGAAAAAGAAGGUAGAGACAGAGUUGGGAUCAAAGAUGAUCUACCUAAAGAUGAGAUGCGGUCACCUUGGUGCUGAGUGGGGAAAGAUUACUGUUCUUUGAACUUCUGGACUUUCUGGAUCUUAUGUGGAGCAAAGAGCUUAGCACUAGAGUGUUUUAGAGAGUUCAUGUGAACUUUUCUUCUCUUUUGUCUGUUUUCGAUUAUGUUCAUGAAUAUUAGGAGACAGGUUGGUGUUCUCCUGGAAAACCUUGGAAGUUGGAGUUUGCUUGGCAGCUAAAUAAAUGGCUUAUGUUUGUCGACAACACGGUAAAUCAAAGUGUAAAAUCAUGUUUUUUUAUGCU